AAUAGUUUUCUAAACUUUUUUAAAACGCCCUGUGGUGUUUCACACAAUAUUUCAUUCCUAAAUGCUUAGUAACCUUUGUUUUUAAAAUGUUUACGGCUGUAACUUUGACCUGUCAAUCAAAAAGGUUGACAAGGCUAGCAAGUUUGUUCACCCAUUGUAAACAUCGUCCAGGCUCGAGCGCUCCGAAAUAGCAGACCACCAAUGACUUCUUGACCCGGCUUGCCAGGGAGCGAGCAGGACCAUGGCGUCGGCUGGGGAGGGCCAGCUCCAGAGGAUCAUCAGAGAUCUGCAUGAUGCCGUGUCAGAGCUCACCAAAGAGUAUAAAGAGAGUGGAGAGCCCAUCACAGACGACAGCAACAACCUGCAUAAGUUCUCCUACAAGCUCGAGUACCUGCUGCAGUUUGACCAGAAGGACAAGACCACACUUUUAGGCACGAAGAAAGAUUACUGGGACUAUUUUAGCGACUGUCUGGCCAAAAUCAAAGGAGCCAACGAUGGUAUUCGCUUUGUCAAGUCCAUUUCUGAGCUAAAGACAUCGCUGGGAAAAGGCCGAGCGUUUAUCCGCUACUCUCUGGUGCACCAGCGGUUAGCUGACACUCUUCAGCAGUGCUUCAUGAACCAAAGGGUCACAAGUGACUGGUAUUAUUCCCGGAGUCCCUUUCUGAAGCCUCAUCUCAAUGCAGACAUCAUUAACUCUCUCUACGAGCUCAACGAAGUCCAGUUUGAUGUGGCGUCCCGGGGUCACGACCUUGAUUCGGCCUGGCCCACUUUUGCAAGGAGAACUCUUGGUAUGACCAACUCUCCAAGCCACGUGUGGAAAGCGCCGAGCCGCAGCUCCAGCAUCAACAGCCUGGCCAGCUCAUAUUCACAGGCCCCGGAAUUUCUUUGCAGUCCAGAGUUUGGACAUAGCUUGCUGAGUGACCCUGCAGAGCCGUUGUCUGAUUCUACCAUCACCACCGUGGACGAGCUUCGCCUGGAGCUGGAUCAGUCCGAGCUGAAACAGCGUGAGCUUGUGGAGCAUGUUCAACAGCUUGGCAGUGAGGCCACAGAGCUCCGUGAGGUGGUGUCUGAACUGCAGAGGCAGCUGGACAUCUCAUUAGCAGCUCAGUCUAAUCACCAGGAGCUUCAGCUCAAGCUGGAGGUGCUGGCAGAGAGGGAACGGACUCUAGCCCAAGAUCUGGAGGUCCUGAGGGGACGAGAGGCUGUUAAAGAUGCAACAACUCAGGAAAUUCAGGAAAAAUUAGCUGCUGCAGAAAAAAGAAACCAGGAACUAAUGGAUAAACUAGAAGGGGUGCUUGAGGAGAAGGGGCAGAGGACAGCCAGCCAAUUUGACUCCGCCCAAAAGAUCCAUGAACUCCUGGAUGGACUGAAGGAAGCAGAGAAAGGCAAGAUAGAAGCACUAGCACUUGGUGAAGAAAAAAGGAUGCAGGCUGAACGUCUGGGUGAAGAGCUCAGAAUAAAAGAGCAAGCCCUAAAAGAUGGAGAAACUAAAAUGGGCGCUUUAACAGAGAAGGGUACAAAGCUGAUGAAACAGGCUGAAGAACAACGUAACGCCAUGGAUAAACUCCAGGAGGAGCUGUCAGUGAGAGAGAAAGAAGCCAGCAGUCUUCAGAAAGACCUGCAAGACCUUCAGUGCUGUCUGCGGGUGAUGGAGCAACAGGCUGCUGAAGAGAAGAGAAGGGCAGUGGAGGAGAGAGGGGUGCUCGAGAAAAAGUUGAGCUCUCUUAAAGAAAGUCUAGAAGGACAGGUACAGAAACUAAAGGCACAACUCAAGGGUAAAGAAACUGAACUUAUCUCCAGUGUCAAGAAGAUCCAACACCUGGAGGCCGAAGCUGAGAAGGUAGCAGCAGAGAAACAGGGUCUGAGUGGGAGUGUAGUGAAACUGGAGACACACAUCAAAGAUCAGGCCAAGAUGAUAGAUGAAUGCAAGGAACAGUGCACCAGUCUCACAGAGCUGAACAACAAGCUCCUCCAGACAGUCAAAAAGAAUGAGGAGACCAAUAAGGAACUGAUGGAAAGUAAGGCUGGAUUAGAAAAUGAUCUGGCUGGGCUGAGGGCAUCCGAAAAGCAGCUCAGAGGUCAACUUGAUGAUGCUAAAGUGACAGUGGAUGAGCGAGAACAGCGGAUGCGUGAGGAGAACCACAGUCUGGAUGAGAAGCUCCAGAAAGCAAUACUGCAGGUCAAGGAAUUAGAAAGCGUCAUCCGCAAGUUGGAGCAGGAGAAUACGGACCUCAAGGAGGAGUGCUUAAAAAGUAAAGAUGCACUCACUGCGGCACAGGAGGACCUCCGUAAACUUAACGACCAGAUCAGGGAUCUAGAGUAUAGCUUAGAGGUAGCAAGAUGUAAUGAGGCAAACCUCACCUUACAGCUAAAGGAACAAAACUCACAGUUGGAAGACAGAGAGAGGCUUUGUGAAGAGCUUCAGGAAAGAUUAGAUGAACUGGAAGCCGAGGAGGAAGAGCUGGCAGCAGGGAAGGCGGAUGCAGAGCAAGCUUUGGAGAAGCAGAGGGAGAUGAUGGAAAGGUUGGAGGUCCAGAAGCAAGCAGUGGAAAAAGCUCAGCUGGAGAUGAGUGCAAGCCGUGCAAAGGAGGCCCAGGACAUGGCCUCAAAAGUAGCACUACUGGAGGAGCAGCUGAACCUCAAUGGGACAGAAGUGUCCAGGCUUCAGGAGGAAGUGGUGAACUUGAAGGCCAAGCUGCUCUUUUCGGAGGAGGAGAAAUUAAAGAUGCAGACUAAGCUGGAAAUUACAGAUGCGUCUAGGAUAGAACUGCAGACUUUGACAGAACAACUUAAAAAGCAAGCUGAGGAGCAGAACCGAAAUCAUGUCAAUGAACUUUUACAGUCCAAGCAGCACCUGGAGGAGAUAUCAUCUCAGCUUGAUGCAGAAAGAUCUUCCUUUACUAAAAUAUCUUCUGACUUUGCUGUAGCUCAAGAGGACCUGGCCGUGCUAAAGACCCAAAAUGAACGACUGGUCAUGGAGAAUGCUGAGACCAGAGAGGGUCUCCACAGAGCCAACACAGAGAUGGCCGAGCUGGGAAUGACCAUCUGCAAGCUGACAGCAGAACGGGAGGAAGCUCAAGAGCACUGGACAGCCCAGAGCACCCGGAUCCACGAGCUGGAGGAGCAGGGUGUGCGUGAAACAGAUCGUCUGAACGCCAGCAUAGCGGCACUGCGGCAGGAGAACGCCAGUUUGCGAGAGGAGCUCCUGCAAAUGGAGAAGCUUCCAGAAACAAUGCUGGAGCUGAAGGAGAUGCUGGAGAAAUCUGAGCGCGAAAGAGACGUGGCACGUGAGGCGACGGCAGCCAUGAGGUUUCAGAUGAGCACAGAGAAUAUGGCGCACCAAAAACAGGUGAAGAGCUUAAAUGACAAACUUGAGAGUAUAAAAGUGCAGCUGAAGUCUGAAAGCGAGAAGGCGUCCAGCCUGGAGGUCAAAGUCACCGAGUUAGAGGAUUUGAAUUCGGAGUGCUCCCGACUGAUGGGGGAGAAAGAUUCUCACAUUACGAACACCAAGAGCCUGAUUCGCGGAGCAGAGGAUGAAAUACAGCAGCUGAAGGAAAGAGUGACAUGUGUGCAGGAGGCUCUGGGGCUAGCGCAGUCAGAGCGAGACGAGCUGAAGGAGAAGCUGGAGAAGAUUCAAUCUGACACUCAAGCCGAGCAAACCAAAAUGGCCGCCGAGAUCGAAGACCUCAGCCACACCAAGACCACGCUGGAGGAGCGGCUCAUCGAGCUCAUCAGAGAUAAGGACGCUCUGUGGCAGAAGUCUGAUGCUCUGGAGUUUGAGCAGAAGCAGAGGGCAGAGGAGCGGUGGUGGUUAAUGGACCGAGAAGCUACACACUGUCUGAGCUGCAACAGCCAGUUCACAUGGUGGCUCCGUAAGCAUCACUGCAGGUUGUGUGGGCGGAUCUUUUGCUACUACUGCAGUAAUAACUUUGUGAGUACGAAGUCCGGGGUGAAGAAGGAGCGCUGCUGCAGAGAGUGUUACACACAGCACAGUGCCGUGGUGGAGAGAUUCACCCGCUCGGAAAUCAGCAGCACCACCGACACACCUGCAGAACACACACACACGGCCAGCGCAGCAUCACCUCAACCUGCUCCCCCGUAUAUACCUACACCCAGAGUUACAGUAACUGAUUCAAAUGUGAAGCAUGAUGAUGGAGUGUUUGACAUCAUCACUGACGAGGAGGUUAGUGGACUGUACGACAGCGACACACUCUCACAAGCCACCGCAGAGUCACAGGACGGAGAAGCUGAGAGCCGAAACACUCAGGACCCAGGUGUUUCUGGUGAAGCUGCGGUUGGGGAGGAACAGGAGGACGUGCCCCCGGUUGUACAAGAUGCCGAAAUCCAUCUACUCAAAUCAGGAGAACUUGCCUCCUCAGUCCUGCUGCACAUCGACGAGAUCCGGCGGUUCGGCGACGCUUCCCGAGAACUCCUCGUCAAGUCCAGCUGCUACAGCAUCAUCUCCAUCACCGUACACGAGCACGGCCACGCCGUCGGCUGGGUGUUCUCAUCAGAGCCAAAGAGCAUCUGCUUUAGCGUCGUUUAUAGAGAAUCCACAAACACACCUGAGGAGCAGGCCAAGGUCCUAAUCCCCCUGACACGGUGCAACGCUCACAAGGAGACCAUUCGUGGCCAGCUUAAAGCCAGAAACCCCGGAGUCUACACACUUAUCUUUGACAACUCCUACUCCAGGUUCAUCUCCAAGAAAGUCAACUACCACUUGACCACUGAAAAACCCAUCAUCUACGAUGGAAGCGACUGCCCUUAGACAAACACCGGAUCUUUCACAGCCGUCUUUUAUCCGUUCGGUUUCCUUUUUUCAUCCCGCAGCAUGCAAGUAUAAGGUUUUGUGCUCCGUUCGGUUUGUAAAAUAGCACUAUUGGAACGAGACGAAGAGUUCUCCGAGGAGCGCUCAGAGGUUUUCACACUUUGCGUGUUUGUUAUUAUCCAUGAGGCUUUCUUGCCUAUUUAUAAUGUGUUUUCUUUCUUUAAAUUUUUAAUCACGGCACUCUUUUAAAUAGCGUAUUAUAUUAGACGUAAAAGCCACGCUACACGCUACAUCAUCAAUCUGCUGCUAAUGGAAGUAAAUUAUAUAUUUAUAUAAAUAUAUUUCCAGAUUUUCACACUACAUUUCUUAGAGAACUCUCGAGCAAAACACGAGAUGUGCCUUUUCAAACUCUAGCUCUAAAAGCAAAUCGAGACGGCGCAGUUUACCAAAGCUAGAGGAUUCUCACAGUCGGGGAGAUUUUUCUUAGUGUUUUACACUACAAGCAAUAAUCAAGGGCAAUGUUAAAAAUCCAGGUGCUGUGAGGUUACUGUCGCCUCGACAACCAAAGACGAAACAAGGAUUAUUUAGCAACAUACACAUGCACACUAUAACAUCUAGAGGUAGAGUGUGUGGUGGUCUGGGAAAAGCCUUCACAUGUAGACAUUUUCACCAAAGACUUUUUCUCAUGUUGCAUGUAACUCAAGCAGAAGCAACAUUCUGGCAAAAAUGAAUUGAUAUUUAGCCGCCGUCUGAUCACGACUCCAUCAAAGCAUCACUUGUGGUGAGUCGUGAGCUUUAACUAUAUUAUCCUUAUUUUAAAGCAAAUACCAGUGUAUACAGUGAAACUCUUUUUUAACGUAAGCAGUGGUGCUUGGUUUUAAGGUUGAGGCUGUGAGCGGCCAUGUUGAGUUGGCGUCACUUGCUGGAGUUGAGGAGACCCCGAGUUUGACAUCGGAAUUCCUAAUUGAGGGCGGUUUUCCUUGUUACGAAUUACGACAUUUGGAUGAACUGGCUUAUUAUGCUUUAACAAAAUAGUAAGAUUAAAACAUUAAUCAAAAUUUCAGCAUGGUCUUGUUCUGUAUAUUUGAAAAUUCUUGGAUUUGAAAUAUGUUACAUGAAGAAAAACCCCAGAUUUUAGACAAAAUUAACAAACAGUUUUUCCCACACCAACACACAAGUUGCAAUUUUUUUACGGCAGCAAUUUCCUUUCUAAAUGAACCGAUACUAACAUCAGCCACAGUGCCUUAAAUGAACUAAGUACUGGAAAAGACAGUAACCUCAAAUAUCCCAGAAUCAGCCACAGAGGUGCUUUCUUUCUGUUUUUAUCUGAAUUUGUCUAAAUUCAAAUCCUUUCACAGAUGAUCUACACAGAUCAUUUACACAUGUAAAAAAAAUUUUUUUUUUUUCUUGUUCAUGUGAAAAACACAAGAAACACAGGGAGUCUUUUUCAAUUCACUAUAUUCUAUGUAUUUUAUUUACUUGUUUUCCUGUUUUUAGAGCGUUGUUGCUCAUGUUCUUCAACAUCCAAAGAACCAUUAAGUAACUCUUGAUGGUAGAAACUAAUCUUCCUCUCAUGCAACACAGCUGAUUGUGGUUUUACUGACUGUACACAAACAUGUGAUGAGAAAACAGCGUCAUUUCCAUUUUAAAUAACAAACACAAAGCAUCUGUCGGAGUCAGAGUUUUGGUGGAUAUGCUGGUGAACGCCAAAUGAAUCGUUUUCCUUCUCGUCAGAAUCACGCUUCUCUUGGAUUGCUGGUAUUUUUGGACAUUUAUGGUGUUUCCCAUAUCUGCUGACUUGUUCAUUUUAUUUUCUGUGCUACAUGUACAGUGUCAGGUUCACCCUACUCUCCUCUGUGUGUCGCUUUGUUUCUAGUUGUCAGCUAUAGAACGUACAAGAGCCGGAAAAGUUGUCAUUUUAUAUUUUCGGACUGUUUUUAAUGCAGCCAUGAAGCUGAACUGACUGCAGCUGAUUUCAGCUAAGUAUCACAACACUGCAGGCUUUUCUACACGUUUUCGCUUGUUUUUCAUAUAUCAAUGUUUUUUAGUGUUCAUGAUCAUUUAGGAAACUACAGUAUGCAAACUCUACCCAGCAUUUCCAAGUCACUGUUAUGAUUUUAUUGUACAUUUGAAAUGACGUAAUAAAGUUUUAUUCGUGCUUGUUUACA